GAAGCCGAUUUCCCAACGGCAUACAUUCGGGCUACACCGUGACGUUGUUUGUUGUACCUCUCUCUUUUAAGUCUCGCUUUUGACUCAUACCUUCAUGUUAUUCCAACAAACUUCCCGAGUACAGACUGGCACAAUGAGCUUUAAAAAUUACAAUGCAUCAGCAAGCGGGAGUCAGUCUCCUUCAUCCGAAAACCCUUCCAGUAAUACUUCACCUUCUAUCGUCCCCACUCCACUGUCAGGUUAUAGAACAUCGGACGAUACAGACUCACAAAGUACUCAGUCUCGAGACACUCCAAGCAAAAUACCCAUAGAUCUCCCUCGUCCCUCGUCCGCGAGCAAAGGCGGUUGCUGGACUUGUCGUCUACGAAGAAAGAAAUGUGACGAACAGAGAGAAAACGAUUCUUGCCAGACAUGUAUACGAUUGAAAAUCAAGUGCCUAGGAUGGGGAUCUAAAAGACCAGAGUGGAUGCGGGAUAAACAAGCCGUCGAAGCAUACAAAGCGGACAUCAAGGCGCAACUCACACGAGCCGGUCUUAUCCGUGGCCAACCACGAGCAACAAUACUACAAGCCACGGCAUCAGCAUCUCCCACGUAUUCAUCGCGACCUUACCAGACGGGCAGUCGAAGAGGAACUCCCGGAACUCCUAUAGAGAAUUCGAGUACAAAUAACUUCGACUUCGUGCACCCUCCACACGGUCAUAUUAACAACCCCACAUUGCUGCCUGUCUUCGCGCAGUUACCACAAAACGUCCAAAUGCCUACCUACAACGACCCCAACCUCCACAGCGUAGAACACAUCACUUUCUCGCCAUCGACCCCUUCACACCAGUCGGGCUUGUCUCCAGAUAUAGGGCAUUUUGAUCCCUUCCGAGCAAUGAAUACAACAGUGGAGUAUGAUCCGCAACCCCACGGCCUGUCCCCUCUGCCCAGUCAAAGUGUUUUCCAGGAAGAACAUGUGUUGUACUAUUUUGAGCAUGUCCGGAAACUACAAUUUGUUUUUGCUGGCAACAACGUGACCAACAUAACAUAUUCGCUGGUCCUCCAAGAACCGCAAGGCGCUGUGACCAAUUCAAUAUGCGCUUUAGCAAAUUUGCAUUUCAACAGAAUGCGCAUGGCUCACAAUCUACAAGUGUCCGACCCUAGCCUUGAUAAUGCACAAGCACGGGCGUUCUAUGAAAACGCACUAAGCCAGAUAUCAGGGAACAUGGGUGGACAUAUUCGUGAAUCAGACGCUAUAGCGGCUUUACACUUGCUUAGCUUCUCCUUAUUGUCUGGUGGAUCGACGGAUUGGCGGCCCAUGUUGGAUUUUUCUUGUAGAUGGCUCACACAAAUUGGCAUUAUUGGCAAUGAGAAUCCGAAGUUGGCUAUGCUCAACAUGACUGCCCCGACAAGGCUGGCUCUGAAAGCAACCAUGUGGUUAGACAUUAUGUCCAGCAUUAGCCUGAUGCGACCACCUAGAUACAUGGACUUCUACCGGCGUCUCUUCCGUGGUGGGAGUGGCUACUGGGCAGCUUCCCAUCAAAGUACCAUUGAGGACUUUGUCCUUCGGAUGGACAAUUUGACAGGUUGUCCAGAUGACGUUUUAUUGGCUCUCGCGGAGAUAUCGACUUUAUCACAUUGGAAGGUCCAGGAGAUGCGCAAAGGUUCCUUGAGUAUGAGGGGGCUUAUUCGACGAGGAGAUCAAAUUGAACAGCACCUUCGUAGCCAUCCAGACCCAACAUCGUUUUCAGAGGUGGAUCCCGUGCCCUUGCACCCCCACUUUCCUUCGCUAGGUAUGGGAUCUCAUUCGCCACAUGAACCGACUAGAGGACAAGCCAUGGCGCCAUUUCCGACAGAAGAUGCACGUCGAUCUGUAGCUGGGCUAUUCCGAGAAGCAGCCGUAUUAUAUUUGCAUACAGUUUUGAGUGAUUCUAAUCCGGGCGUGCCCGAAAUUAUAGAAUCAGUCAACAGCAUCAUGAAUACCAUGAAUCAACUCCAUCCAUCAGUUGUCGACCGUUCGCUGAUGUUCCCAUUGUUCCUCGCCGGAUGUAUGACCGAUGAUCGAAUCAAGCGCGAGACAAUCAAGGCAAGGUUGCAAACGCAGGAUGAAUGCUUUGGAAACAUACACCAGAUACGCAGAGCCAUGGAGGUGUUGUGGCAGCAACGCGACUCGCAUGGGGGGAGUGUAGAAUGGCGGGAGAUGAUGAGCAGUCCAAAUUUCAAUUUGUUGCUGGUAUAAAGCUCCACCUCGUAUCCGUCGUUUUUCCCCCCUUCUUCAACUGAUUCAUUUUGAUACGUCCUGUUCAGUGCUCUAAUAGCGGCUUGGUUUAAACUUGUGACUGAAUCUCACUUUGUACUCUUUUAAUAUGGUACCACUUCUCGUCAGCAAAACGAUACUUUAAUAAAGAUAAAAUAUGCCAGCGU